AUGGCGUUGAAGAGCGCCUCGAGUCUCUUAACUUUCUAUCUUACACUCGGUAGCUUCUGCCUGGGUAACACAGCCGAUAUGUCGGCUUUUAAUAACCCUGAUCAUGGACCGCCGGCCACAGAUUUUGCUGCAGCAGACUCGCUGCCGAUCUCAGUCCUUCGUGCAGCAGCUGCAGCCGCUAGCGUAGUUCCAAAGGACGCAACAUAUCCCUUUAGCCUGGGUAGCUCCGAAAAGUCCACCAUACACAGUGACUGGCUUUCCUUUAAAGAGGGCGCUGCUCUGUCAUGGGUGGCUGAUAUGGAUGUGGAUUGCGAUGGAGUGAACCAUAAAUGUGAGGGAAAUGGAGAUGGCCAACCGCAGACAAAUUGGGGGGCUCUGUCUGCAUAUGCAGUGCCUUACAUUGUGAUUCCCGAUAGGUUCCUGGUUGCAAAUAAGGAUAUUCUACUAGGAAAUAAUAUCGCAGCCGUGAUUUGUAACGGCAAGAUGUAUUAUGGGAUCCUCGGCGACUCUAAUGGGGAUGACCCCCAAAUUACGGGUGAAGCGUCGUGGCUGAUGGCGAGGACAUGCUUCCCCAAGGAGAAUCUACAGGGAAAUAAUGCCCACUCGUCUAAAGAUAUCACCUAUAUUCUUUUCACUGGCAAGGGUGCUGUUCUCCCUGAUAACGCCAUGGAUAAAACCUACAUCACGGAUUUCGGCACCCUGAGGACUAUGGGCGACAAGCUUGUCAGAGCUCUUGCCUCGAAUGUGGACACAUCAACUUCAUCCGAAUCUGCAGCUACAAGCCUAUGGGCAGGGCGGGGAGGUCCGUAUCAUUUUAUUGAAAAGGAACUUUGA